AUAUCUCUGUUGUGUAGUAAAGUUGCAAGAUGGUUGAACUAUGGCCAGUCUUCCUGACAGCCCCUGAGGUGAAUAUAAAGGCUUUGAACAAAGCACUUCUACUCCUUCAAGAUUUCCAGUUCGCGGAAGAAAUCCCUUGCUCGAACUGGUUUUUGAUGACCUCAAAGGAUAUGCCGACAGGAAAGUUACAGCCGACGACACCACCACACGACCCGGACGGAUUGUUCAAAAAUGAAUUCGCCGGCAUGAGUAUGGAUGAAAUCAACGAUUUCCUCUGGGAUAAUACCGAGCGCUUUGAGAAAGCAGGUCUCACCUGCUACACAUGGCUCAUCAUAGACGUCAAAGGUCUCGAAACCGAUACAAGCCUUGUAGCCCAGAGAGUAUUCGAGUACGAUGAAGACACAGAGACAGGCUCACACGUAAAAUCAUUCCGAGCAGCCAGAUUGCCGUACGAAAGGGUUUGGGAUAUGUACUGUAAUCUGGAUGUGGCGAAUAUGGAUUUUGAGGACUGGGUUGAUGAGAGUGGUGGGAUUCAGGAGGAUGGGACCUGGAAAUGGGCUGGCCCGUUUCCGUUGACUAAUGAGGGAUUGAAAAGAGCUGAGGAGGAGAGAAAAGCAAAAAUUGAGAAGGCGCUGGAGGAGAUGAGGCGGUUGGGGCACAUUGAUUAA